AUGAACGUGAAAACAGUGCUCAUCCUCCUGGGGCUGGCGCUGGCCACGAUUUUUGCGCUGGUCCUUGUGCUGCUGACCAGAGGAAGGGCCCCCAGUGCUUGCCAGCACGAGCCCCUGGCUCAGGAGGGCAGCGAUGGUGACCGGAGCCUGGUGUUCGCUGAUCUGACACCCAAAGAGAUGGGGCUGGAGGUGCUGGUGGAGCACAGGGACCUCCACGUCUCCCACUGGUGGCUGCGCCAGGUCUUCUACAAUGGGCAGUACUUUGCCAGCACAGUGGACCUGGAGGGCGCGUUUGUGCGGGGCUCGCUGGGCCUCGGCUGGAGCGUCGCCUUUGGUGUGAACCCCUACUUUGGCCCACGCCUCUUCGACAUCCAGUACCGCGGGGAGAGGAUCAUCUAUGAGCUGAGUCUCCAGGAGGCCUUAGCCCUGUACGGCUCCAACUGCCCCGGGGGGAUGUCCACCCGGUACCUCGACGGCAGCUUCGGCAUAGGCAACUUCGCCUACGAGCUCGUGCGCGGCCUUGACUGCCCCUACACAGCGACCUAUGUGGACCGGCACUACCUGGUGGAGUCAGACACCCCCAAAACCAACCAGAACUCGCUCUGCAUUUUUGAGCACGAUGCCGCCCUCCCCCUGCGGCGCCACUUCUCCGACUCACAGUCCCUGUACUAUGGGGGGCUGCGGAAAAACACACUGGUCAUCCGCACCAUCUCCACACUCAUCAACUAUGACUACAUCUGGGACUUCAUGUUCCACAGCAACGGGGCCGUGGAGGUGCGGGUGUAUGCCACUGGCUACAUCAGCUCCUCCUUCCUACACGGCCAAGGCACUGACUACGGCAACAGGGUUGGGCUGCACACGCUGGGGACCAUGCACCUCCACCACAUCCACUACAAGGUGGACCUGGAUGUCGAUGGGCGGCUGAACUCCCUGGAGAGCCAGGACAUGACGUAUGAGCUGGUGAAGGCCCCGUGGAGCUCACAGCACAUCAUCGAGCGGCCGCGUCUCCACCGGCAGAGGCUGGAGCGGGAGGAUGAGGCAGCGUUCCCUGUCAACGCCCCCAUGCCCCGUUACCUCUCCUUCACUGGCCCCAGGUCCAACAAGUGGGGGCACCCACGCAGCUACCGGGUGCAGGUCGCCAGCUCCCCUGGGGAGCCCCUGCCCACCAGCAGCCCCAUGGAGAGGGCAAUCAGCUGGGCCAGGUACCAGCUGGCCGUCACCCGGC